AUGAGGCUGUACCUAGGAUCGUGGCUUGCUGCGCUGCUUCUCUCGGCUGUAACUGCGCUGCCUUCCUCUGAUAUUAGCAAGAGGGCCGGUACAGAGUGCAAUGGAUACUCUGAACUGUGCAAUAGAAAAUAUUCCAAUGUGACGUUUGUCGGCACACACGAUUCGUACGCCGUCGGUUCUAUGGAGACGUUGGGCGCGAAUCAAAAGAACACGGUGCCACAGCAGCUUGAUGAUGGCAUGCGGGUUCUGCAGGUGCAAGCACACAAGAUGGAUGAUUCGGAAAAAGACUCGGGCAUCUUUCUUUGUCACACCGACUGUGACAUUUUUAACGGUGGUACCAUGGAAAGCUUCCUGGGGGAUGUGAAGAGCUGGAUCCGAGCGAACCCCAACGAAGUGGUGACACUGAUUAUUGCAAAUAAUGACAAUUUACCUGCUACACAAUUUGCAACUGCUUUCGGAUCGACUGGACUGGACAAGUAUGCGUACAAGCCAGGCACAGCCAGACAAAGCAAAACCUCGUGGCCGACGCUGCAGAAGAUGAUUGACCAAAAGACUAACCUGGUUGUGUUUAUGGAUUACAAGACGAAUUUGAAGCAAGUCCCGUACAUUAUUCCCGAGUUCAAUAAUGUUUGGGAAAACGCAUUCGACCAAACGUCGUCGCCUUUUAACUGCACGCCAGACCGGUUCAGCGGCGAUACGUCCCAAAUGAUGUUUUUACACAACUAUUUCCUUGAUAAGGAAAGCAGUAUUGUUGGCCGCACUUUUGUUGUUCCUAAUGUGGACAAACUGAACCAAACCAACACGCAAAAGAACAUCGCCGACAGUGUUGACAGGUGCUACAAGCAACAAGGCACGUACCCGACAUUCAUACUCCUCGACUUCUACGAUGUGACGAAUGACGAGCCAUUGCAGGCUACUGCACAGAUGAACAAUGUUCCGUUUAAGCAGCUGCGUGUGAACGAAACGACUCCCGAGAAAACCGCGUCCGACAAUGCUGCUGUUAUACCGCAUGUACCAUUACUCACCAUUGGUGCUGUACUGCUUUUCUCUCUGCUGAUUUCUCUCAUAUGA